AUGUGCACGCAGAAUUUAACAGAAGAAUCCAGUGAACUUCAAGGUUUACCAGUCAACGAAAUUCUUCGUGACCUCCAAACGGUACCUUCGCGCUCAGUUGUUGAAAACGAUGACCAGACACAUGUCCCGUCCCAUGCCGCAGCAGAAGCGGAUUCUGGUUCUGAAAAUAAGAAAAUAGAUUUGGUUGAUCCUCCCCCUCUGAUCGAUGGAUAUGUGAAUACCGGUAGUGAGAUAGCAACCACCAAAUCUUCUAAAAGUGAUGAUAUGAUAAAAGCGAAACACGGCGAACUUGCCGACGUGAAGGAACCGACAAUAUGCUGCGGCACAUCGACCGGGGCGAAUAAAUCAAUGGAGACUCAAGGCGUAGUCCCCGUGAUCGUCACAGAAAAUCAGACGGGAAUGCCCCAUGCA